UAGUUAUCUUAUAUCAUGUUUUGGUUUAGACAUUCAAACAUGACAUUAGGGAAAGCCUUGUUGGUUGGCGCCCUGUCCCUUUUUAUUUACGUUUUCUAUUGCGAGGCAAAAGUUUUCGGUACAACAUGUACUUCUUCAAACGAGAAGACGGUUUGCACUUUAGAAAACAUGGUGUGUGAAAGUGGUGCCUGUGCUUGCAAGGCCGGAUACAACGGGGAUGAAACUUGCAGCAAAAUAAUUGGAGGUAAUUGUAAAACAAGCAACACAUGCCCUGGUGAUGCAAAUGCUGUGUGCCAAAGUGGAAAAUGUGCUUGCAAAGCAGGCCACGAAGAGAAGGAAAGCGUUUGUACAAAGAUAAUUGGAGUUAAUUGUAAAACAGGCAACACAUGCCCUGGUGAUGCAAAUGCUGAGUGCAAAAAUGGAAAAUGUGCUUGCAAAGCAGGCCAUAUGGAGAAGGAUAGCGUUUGUACAAAAGUAAUCGGAGGAAAUUGCAAUGCAGGCAGUACUUGUCCUGGUGAUGCUAAUGCAGUGUGUACAAGUGGCAAAUGUGUUUGCAAAUUGGGUUACGAAGAAAAGGAUAGCGUUUGUACAAAAACUGUAGCGGGAGUUAGUUGCUCAUCAGAUAAAACAGCAUGUGGAUCCAUUGAAAAUGCUGCCUGUGAUACAAACACAAAUAAAUGUAAAUGCAACCCUGAUUACACGAUGCAUUUUGUCAAAUGUGAACCAAAGAACUCUGCUACAAUGAUGGAAAUCUGCACUAUCUCACUAAUGCUAUCUGUGUUGACCACAUGCCUUAUUGUCUUGAUCUAAAAGUAUCAAAAAUAACUGCCCUAACAGAAAUCUUGGAUCAUUGUGUACAAGUGUCAACAAAGAUAAAAACUGUAUUUGUAAAAAUAUACAGUGACGUUAUGAUAUGUCCAAGCUUUAUAUUCAAUAUAAUGUUAGCCAAAUUUCAGUUUUUUUAGGAUACACUGUGUAGAAACUUCUUUCUAUGAUGGCAAAAGUAUACAAGUUGAAUUGUAAAACUUUUCAAAAUCAAAAGUAAAAAAAAUAUUGUAAUCACAAUACCCAUACAAUUAUAUAGGCUUGUUGUAGAUAAAACAGUCUUUCCAUUUCUACACUGUGAAUAAAUUCCUCUUAUCGCAUUUCAGUAUCAAUGGUGUUUGACUUCGAAUUUAUAUAAACGCUUGUUAUUUGUA